AUGCGCGACAAGCAACAACCCUUGGAGCGCCAGCGAGAAGAUCCGGAGGAAUCCGCGCAGCUGGGAAGCUCGGGCAACGUGCAGCAACCCGGGGGCCACCUGGAGGCGUUGGUCCACGCGGAUAAGGAGCUCGCGAGCCUGAAGACGAGGCCGACGACACCCGUCCUGGCGAACGACGGAGGGGGUGGCUUCUGGCUGGCCACGGUGGCCGCGGGGGCAGGUGCCCCGGCCGGGCUGCCCCCGCACGGGACCCAUCAUCCAGCCAUGGACCCGUCAUGCGGCACCGCGGAGACCGGGUUCAUCAACAGCCAGCCCUCCAUGGCCGAAUUUAUGACCGCGUUGCCUCAGCUGGCCGGCGACGGUAGCCUUCAGCAUUCCCCGGGAACCGGGGGAUCCAUCAGCCCGGGCUCCCAUCAUCCCGGCUACCACGCGAUGAUGGACCCUCACGGGGUCGCCGAUCCGUCCGUCAACGUGCCCGAGUACCCCUGGAUGAAGGAGAAGAAGACCACGCGAAAGAGCAACCAGCAAGAGAAUGGUCUGCCGAGGAGGCUGCGGACGGCCUACACGAACACGCAGCUCCUGGAAUUGGAGAAGGAGUUCCACUUCAACAAGUACCUCUGCCGGCCGCGAAGAAUAGAGAUCGCCGCGUCCCUGGACCUCACGGAAAGGCAGGUGAAAGUGUGGUUCCAAAACCGGCGUAUGAAGCACAAGAGGCAGACGCUGAGCAAGGAGGACGGCGACGAGAAGGACGGCUCCACGUCCGACGGCAUGGAGAAGUCCAAGGCCGAGAAGCUGCUGGCGAUCGACGGGGACGAGAAGAAGAGCUGCCACAACUGUGAUAUAUCCGGCGUGAGCGACGUGGGCAGCACCCUGUCCGGCGACGUGACGGAGCUCGGCUCCACCGGUUGCCGCGGCACCAACAACAACAACAACACGCCCAGCGCCACGAACAACAACAACAACAGCAACCCGGGCUUCAACGCGAACAGCAACGGGGCCAGCAGCGUCGGUAGCACGAACAGCGUGUCCAGCUCCUUCGAGAAGAUGAUAGCGGACGACGACUCGAGGUCUCAGGACGGCAGCGAGGUCACGUCGCCGAGCGUGGCCAGCAAGAAGCUGUCCAGCGAUGUUCGGGUGAAGGUGGAGAGCGGCCACAAGAGCCCGAACCCCGGGAAACAGCAGAUCUCCGUCAGCAAGAAGUCCCCGUCGGCCAGCACGAAGGAGCUCUGCUCGGUGAACAGCAACGGCGUCCUCCUGGCGAUGCCCGACUCCACGGUCAGCACACCUGUCCUGCCUGGCCAGAACUCGACGAGAAGCUUGACACCGUCCUCGACACCAGGCACCCCGGUGUCCGUACAGCUCCAGCAAGGCAGCCCCCUAGGAAUCCAGGCCACCCACGCGGCCUACAUGCAACGACCCAGGAGCUCCCCGUCGUCGACCAGCUCGGUGGCCGCGCCUAUGAUGCACGGAUCCACGAACGCCGGCACCAUGUCGCCCCACGCCGCCAGGAACAUCGCCAGCAACCAGCAAUCCCAUUUCCAGCAGCAGGGCGUCUACCAGACGACGUCCGCCGUCGACUACAGGAACGGAGUGCCCAGCCGACAAGCCGUACCCGCGGCCACCCAGCAAACGCAGUCGCAGAGCACUUACUGUUCCCGGGACAGCUAUCAGCAGCCCAGGAUCUCCUAUCCGGGCGAGGUGCACCCGCUGUACGCGAGGCAGAACCAAGUGCUGGGCUCCAGGGUCGGGCACCACGUUCGCGGGACGGCCAGCAGCGCCUCCAGGACGAUGUACAACGCCAACAUGCAGUUCCACCAGCAGCAGAACCAGUACCCCAACGCUGGCGGCGAGUACAACGGGUACCCUCAAGCUGGACCACCUUAUCAUUCCUCCUAUCACAGGGGCAUGCAAGCCAACAACACCUACGGACCCAGCCAAGGCUACUCCGCUCAACACGAUCAGACCACGGAAGGCUACAUGGCUCCUGGGAACUACGGAUACCCUACCAGCGGGAACUACCACGGAACCAGCGAGAAUCUAGCCUCCCACGGCCACGCCGCUGUCUCUGUUCAGACUGGUCAACACUACUACAACGAUAUCCAGCAGCAACAUCAACACCAGCAGCAGCACACAGCGGAGGGCUACGUCGCCCAUCAACCGCCCAUGCAUCCAAGCUCCGGCGAUUACAGAGCGGGGAACAAGUGUCAUCCGAACGCCUACUACGAGCAGACCAAUCAGUUGCACGUCCACCAGGGCGGCGAGGCGUCCAACAUUCCCAACAGCUACGUAUCCUCACCGGAUCCGUUCCCCGCACCCGGGAUGACCACGACCGCCACCGCCAUCGCGGCUGCAACCGCGGCUGUGAUCACUCCGCCAGGUAGCGCGGGCCAAGCCGAGGGCAACGGUGACUCGUACGGAAAUUACGGCAACUUUUACGGGGAUCCCGUCCACGGUGCCGCCCCACCCCCGUCCGCCGACAACAGCAACAGCUCAUCGGACUUCAACUUCCUCACGAAUCUGGCGAACGACUUCGCGCCGGAGUACUAUCAGCUCAGCUGAGUUCACGAG